CACCCCGAUAACUAUAAAGCCAUCACGGCCUCAUCUUCAUCUCUUCAUCUCUUCAUCGCAAAGCAAUCAGUCAACAAUCAUAAUUAACUCUACAAUGUCUUCCCCAAUCGAUCUCCGCAACCCCGGCCGUCCAAUCCACAUCGGCGUGGUCCUCCUUAACUCGGUCACCGAACAGCUCGACAUCGCCCCCGUCGGCUUCUUCUCCGGAAUCAGCGCAAGUUUCCUCAAGGAUGUCCCUCCAAACAUGUUUCCGGACGAACUCAAAGCCCAAGCCCUAGACUUUGUCUUCCACUGGGUCACCGAGACCGGCGAUGCCCCUGCUGCUUUGACUGGGAAUAUGAAUGUCGUUCCAACUGACUCCUUCACAUCCUGCCCCCAGCUAGACAUCGUCCUUCUCGGCGCGACAAAAAUAAAUUACCACGCCAGCGAAACCGAAAAGGCCUUCCUGCGCAAGAUCCACGAGUCCUGCGCCGCCUUCCUCUGCGUCUGCGGUGGGUUUGACCCCGUCCUUUCUGCUGGUCUGCUGGAGGGUAAAACUGCUACUGCGCCGCGCUUCCUCCUCCCUAGUCUCCGGGAGUCGGCGCCUGGCACGAACUGGGUGGAGAGGCGGUAUGUGGUUGAUGGGAAGAUCUGGACUACGGGGGUUCUCCUGAAUGGGCUGGAUAUGGUGGUUGCAUUUGCGAAGAGUGUUUGGGGAGGAAAAGAUGGGGACGAUGGGAAUGGCAAGGGCGGGCUUGUGGAUGUUAUGGCAUCUGGCGGGGGUUGGCCGCAGAGGGAUGUCGAGUAUCGCGAUGACAAUGCUCCGCCUCUUUUUAAGGUCUAA